AUGAUGACGAUACAAGCUUCCAAGUUCACGCCUGAGGUCCUCCUCUCUGCCCCGCGCAGGUCCCCUGGUAUCCCGAACCCGGCGGGCACCAAAGUCUUGUACACCGUCUCGACGUACUCGUUCGAAUCCCACAGCAAGACGGCUCAGACUCGCGUUCUCGAUGUCGAGAGCGGUCACUCUACCCUCCUGUACGAAGACCAAUCCUAUAACGAUGCGACAUGGAUUUCAGACAAGGAGAUCAUUCUCCUCAAAAGUGGCGAUAAGGGAACCACAAGCCUGGUACUCGGAGAUGUCACCGAGCCAUCUGUUGUCAAAGAGAUCCGCCACUUCGAAGGAAGCCUCUCUAGUCUCAAGGCGAAGCGGCUGUCGGACGAUGACGUUGCCAUUGCUCUGUGUGCGCUUACCACGCCCUCUGGGGCCAUGUACAACCCAGCAGCCGAGAAGAAGCAAUUAUCCACCGGCAAGAUCUACUCGAGCUUGUUUGUUAGGCAUUGGGAUACUUGGGGCAACGAGAACGUGAACUCCAUUUGGUACGGUCUCUUGAAAAAGGACGGCCAGUCUUACAAGCUGGACGGUCCCGGGUUGGUCAAUGCCCUUAAGGACACGAAGCUUCAGUCACCUGUUCCCCCAUUCGGUGGCGCGGGAGACUUUGAUAUCAGCAAGAACGGCUUGGUCUUUGUGGCGCGCGACCCGGAAAUCUCUCCUGCAAUCUACACCAAGACGGACCUGUACUUCAUUCCCUUGAAGACUUUCACCGAGGAGAAACCUCCCGUACCCCAAGUCGUCAAGACAAGCAAGCUGCGUGGUUACUCCGCCUCGCCGGUGUUUUCCAGAGAUGGCAAAAAGGUUGCUUUCACGAGAAUGAAGAGCGAUCAAUACGAGACGGACAAGCCGAGACUGUUGCUCGUUCCCGACGUCUUUGACUUGUCAAGUGUGCAAGAGUUUUACGAGACGGAAGACGGCGUCGGCGGGUGGGAUGCACGACCUGAGUGGAUCACUUGGAGCAAGGACGAUUCGGAGCUGUUUGUAUCUGCAGAAGAGCACGGCCGCGCGAAACUCUGGAAGUUGCCCGCUACACCACACCAGGCCAAGGAUCUGCCUGCGGCGAUUUACGAGGACGGCUCUGUUCUGGAGGCGAAGUUAUUGGGAGAUGAUGGUGAAAGGCUCUUUAUCAGCACGUCUUCCAGGGUUGAGAACUCGGCCUACUCGGUACUGGACCCGGUCAGCAAGAAGUCCGAUCUUGUUUCCUCGAGCUCAAAGCACGGAAAGUCGUUCGGCUUGAGCAAAUCUCAGUGUGACGAGUUCUGGUACAAGGGAGCGGAGGGCUACGAUGUUCAUGCUCUAGUGGUCAAGCCUUCGAACUUUGACCCAAGCAAGAAGUACCCGCUUGCGUUCCUUAUCCACGGAGGACCUCAAGCCGCAUGGAUGGACAGCUGGAGCACGAGGUGGAACCCCGCCAUCUUCGCCGAGCAGGGCUAUGUUGCGGUCAUGCCCAACCCGACCGGAAGCACUGGCUACGGACAGCAACAUACCGAUAACAUCCAAAACGAGUGGGGUGGCCGGCCCUACGUUGACCUGGUCAAGUGCUUCGACCAUAUUGAGAAGAGCAUCUCGUACAUCGAUUCCAAGAAUGCCGUUGCUCUGGGUGCUUCCUACGGAGGCUACAUGAUCAACUGGAUUCAGGGACACGAGCUCGGACGAAAGUUCAAGGCUUUGGUGUGCCACGAUGGCGUAUUCUCGACACUGAACCAGUGGUCCACGGAAGAGCUUUUCUUCCCUCUGCAUGACUUUGGGGGCACCCUCUGGGAGAACAGGGAAGGUUACGAGAAGUGGGAUCCCGCCCACCAUCUUGAUCAGUGGUCGACCCCCAUGUUGGUUAUCCACAAUGAGCUGGACUACAGACUGCCCAUCUCCGAGGGCCUGGCGAUGUUCAACGUCUUACAGGCCCGUAACGUACCAAGCAAAUUGGUCAUGUUCCCUGACGAGAACCACUGGGUAUUGAAGCCGGAAAACUCUUUGGUGUGGCACAGAGAAGUGCUGGGUUGGAUCAACAAAUACACGGGCACUGGCGAGUCCGAGGAUUUGGCUGUGAGGCAGAAGUAG